AUGAACAACUUGAACCUUCCCAUAUCCAAAGACAUCUACAUUUCCCUCAUCAAAGAAUGCAUUGCAACCGGAGACCUUAAUAGAGCCAUGGAACUAGAUUCCCAUCUCAACCAAAGUGGUAUUCGCCACCAUUUGCCAUUGCUUAACCACCUCUUGAUUAUGUAUUUGUCUUGUGGUUUUAUAGAAAAUGCCCACCAAUUGUUUGAUAGAAUGCCCAUUAAGGAUUUGAACUCUUGGGCUGCAAUGAUUUUCGCUUAUGUGGAUGAGGAAAAGUUUGAAGAAACUAUAUGUUUGUUCAUAAAAAUGCAACACAAAUACCAAUACCAUUGUAAUGAAGAAAUUCUCAAAUUUCUGGUUUCAUGGAUGGUGUGCGGAUUGGUUGACAUGUAUGGGAAAUUUGGGCUUGUGAGAGAUGCUAGAAGGAUGUUUGAGAUGAAUGGUGUAAAGAAAAAUGCUGCAUGUUGGAAUGCAAUGCUUAACACUUACAUACAACAUGGAUGUUGCAUUGAGGCUGUUAAGGUACUUUAUGAGAUGAAGGGAGGUGGCUUAGAACCAAGAGAAUCAUUGGUCAAUGAAGUGUAG